UUUGCUGGAUCUCUUCUCUUUUCUUUCUUGGGUCGUCCACCAGAUAGCUGGCCUUAGGGAUUUCAGGAAUUCAAGCCGUUGCAAAAAACCAAAUCGACAGAGCUUUGGGUUGAUGGCGUGUUGAAAUUGUCGCGACAGGUUGAGUAAUGUUGUGCUGCGGAGGAUCCGAGGAGGAAAACUACGGCCCUCCUGCUAAUCAAUACACAGCCCCGCCCAGAGGAGGCGAUCCAUAUGGUAAUGCGAGAGGAGAGCCAAAACCAUCUAAUGUGGCUAGGAGUGGAGCUCCUCAAAAGGUCUUGCCCAUCGAAGUGCCGGCUUUGACGCUGGGCGAGUUGAAUCGGUUAACCGGCAACUUUGGUUCCAAGGCUUUGGUGGGCGAAGGCUCCUAUGGCCGGGUUUUCCUAGCCAAGUUAAGCAAUGGUCAGCAGGCAGCUGUAAAGAAAUUAGACACCAGUUCUUCUGAAGAACCAGACUCCGAAUUUGAGGCUCAGCUUUCCAUAGUUUCAAGACUCAAGCACGAGAAUUUCACGGAGUUAAUUGGAUACUGCUUGGAGGCUAAUAACCGCAUCUUGGUGUAUCAGUUUGCCACUCAGGGCUCUUUACAUGAUAUACUGCAUGGUAGGAAAGGAGUGCAAGGCGCUGAACCUGGUCCCGUGCUUAGUUGGAACCAGAGAGUGAAAAUUGCGUACGGUGCAGCUAGAGGCCUCGAGUACCUGCACGAGAAAGUUCAGCCUCCAAUUGUCCAUCGAGACGUCAGAUCUAGCAACGUGCUUCUGUUCGACGAUUUCCUGGCGAAGAUUGCGGAUUUCAACUUGUCGAAUCAGUCGUCCGACACCGCAGCGCGGCUGCAUUCAACUAGGGUCUUGGGAACUUUUGGCUACCAUGCUCCAGAGUACGCCAUGACAGGGCAGAUCACCCAGAAAAGCGACGUCUACAGUUUCGGGGUGGUCCUUCUAGAGCUCUUAACGGGGAGGAAGCCCGUAGAUCACACGAUGCCCAAGGGACAGCAGAGUCUUGUCACUUGGGCGACUCCGAGAUUGAGCGAAGACAAAGUGAAACAGUGUGUUGAUCCGAAACUAAACAAUGACUACCCGCCCAAGGCGAUUGCCAAGCUAGCAGCAGUUGCAGCACUAUGUGUCCAGUACGAGGCGGACUUCCGACCGAACAUGACAAUCGUCGUGAAGGCUCUUCAACCGCUCCUAAACUCGAAACCAGCAGGUCCAGACUCUCAAGUGUAGUUAUAUCCCUACUCAAUUUGCCAAAAAGAGGCAGUACACUCCCCGGAUCGCUUAUUUGCAGCUCUUUCUGUCUUCUUUGUAACUGUAAUGUUAAAGUUAAAUCAUUUA